CACACGUAUAACAAUUACAUCAUUUGUUAAAACAAAAGCUCUACUCCUCUCUCUCUCUCUAUGAGUAUAUGAAGGAGUAUUGUAUUAGAAGAAUAUAAUAUAUGAUUGAGUGGAGAAGUGUGAUUAAAAUAAGUUAGAGAGAAAGACAGCAAUAUAUAAGCUAAGGGCUGCUCCUCAUCGGUGAGAGCGGCCGGUGGGGGGUAUGGGUCAUCACUGCUGCAGCAAACAAAAGGUAAAGAGAGGGCUUUGGUCUCCGGAAGAAGAUGAGAAGCUUAUCCAGCACAUCUCCUCUCAUGGCUAUGGCUGUUGGAGUUCUGUCCCUAAACUAGCAGGGUUGCAAAGGUGCGGAAAGAGUUGCAGAUUGCGGUGGAUAAAUUACUUGAGGCCAGAUCUAAAGCGGGGCUCAUUUACAGAUGAAGAAGAGAGGAUGAUAAUAGAUGUUCAUAGAAUUCUUGGUAAUAGAUGGGCUCAAAUAGCCAAGCACUUGCCUGGCAGGACUGAUAAUGAAGUCAAGAACUUUUGGAAUUCUUGCAUAAAAAAGAAGCUUCUUGCUCAAGGCUUAGACCCCAACACUCAUAAUCUCCUCUCUCCAAACCAACCCACCAAGAAUCAAAGAAAACCCAACCACCAUUCAACCACCAAAACCACCACCCAUCACCAUCAAGCCUCCGCCGUCCACCACCCUUCCACGGCGGCCACUUUCACCAUAGUAGAGACUUCACCUCACAAUCAUCACAACAUCAAUAUGGAAAUGAAAGCUGCCCUUUCAUCCUUCCCUCUUUUCGAUGCCACCACUAAUAAUAAUCUCUUCCAUUCAUACUCUUUCGACUGCCAAAACCCUACAAUGAUGGAUUUCGGGAGUUGCUCUUCCAUGGAGAGUACUACUACUACUACUUCCUUAUUUCCUCCGUCCGGGUAUGGUUCCACGUUUGGUGGAACUCAUACAUUUGAACCACAACGGGCCGCAGAAAUGGAAACGCAACAAGAACGUCGACCUGAACCGGCGAUGGAGGAAGUGUACAAGGUUGUUGUUAGCAGUACGGAUCAUUGUCACCUGUUCAUCGACAAUAACAACACUGUAGUGCAGAACACGGAGAUCAUUAACACUUUUGAAGGCUCUACUAAUAGCUUCGACUUUGAUGAGUUCAUGGAGGAUUCGACUUUGAUGCCUUGUGGUGGUGGUGGAGGAGGAGAGUAUUGUAAUGAAGAUCAUGUUGAUGAUGAUCAACUUGCAUGGGAUUGCUAGCUAGCUAAUUUCUUAUCAAUUACUCCCUCGAUUCCAAAAGAUACUUCACACUUUGACUUGGCAGGUCUAUUAACAAAGUGAAAAUAAAGUGGAAUGUAUGAUGUAGUUAUGUAAGAAAAAGGUAAAUGAAUGUGAGUCACACAAAACUUUUCAAAAAUGAUAAGUGGGAAGAAUUUUUUGAACAUCCCAAAAUGAAAAGUUGGAAAAAUUUUAUGGGAUGGGGGGCGUAUUGUUUAGUGCAAAAUCUUGAAAGUACCAUCUCUCUUUCUUUCUUUUGCAUUCAUAUCUUCAAAGUUACUCUUUGUACAUCAGGCCGGGGUGCAACAGGGUCAAGUAGUCCAAUCCAACCUUUUUGAGUUUGUAAAUCAUAUAGUCCCUCACCCUAAUUUAGAGUGAAAAUUUUAUUGGCACUUAUAUUUAGGAAGAGAUAGGAGUAAUAUACCGGAGUAUAUUGUAUGUAGUCCAAAUUUUUUAGAAGGUAGAUACUUCUUUAACAAAAAGAGAGAGAAUUGUGAAAUUUACUCGAUGAUGACUAUAACAUAGUACCUCCA